UGAUAGAGCCUCAGUCUGUUCCUCCCUCGGUGUUUCUAUCGGAGAAAACUGCCCCGGAGCCUCCAGACCGGGAUUAACCGCGUGAGAAGAUGCGGGCAGCGGGGCACCAGCUGGCCGCACUGCUGGCUCUCUUUGCCGCAGUGUCCGGGUCACGGGCGGAGGUGAUCGAUGACAUCCUGAGCAGCCUCUCCAGGGGAGCAUCCUUCCUGGAGCGGCAACAUGAGCACAUCAACCUGGACGGGGUGGUCGGGUUCCUCAUGCUGCAGGCUGAGCUGAAGGAAGCCAUCCGGACGUGGCCUCACAGUGACCCGGUCAGCUGGGCUCAGAGAACCACCGCCGUGGCUCUGGUCAAACGUCUCGACCAAAGCUUCGACAAGGCCGUGGCUGCUCUGCAGCAGAACGACCCCAAAUACUACAGAGAGUUUGAGCCCCUGCUUUCGUGGAGUUUCUGGUUGAUUCCUCAAGAGUGGACCUCCACAGAUCCCAGCCUGGUCUACUCCUCCACCAUGACCACCGAGUGUUACGACGAGCAGCUCAGUGACAAAUGUUUGACCCUGCUGCUGGGAACCUGGAAGAUGAACGGGACGCCGUGCAUCGUCACCAAACCCUGUCGGGACACGAUGACUCACUUCGGCUGUCCACACUACUCUCUGUCCCACCAGCUGCUCUACUUCAUGAUUGGAAAAAUGAGAGGCUGCACCAACCUGCUGAAAGGCGACACUCGAGCGUCCCGAGCCAACAUGACCGAACGCAACUACGAGAAGAUCUUCUGCUCCAACAUGAUGAAGACCAACCAGGACAUCAUCAACGACAGUCUGACCGAGCAGACAGUGGACAUCUUCAUUGAAAACAUUCUGAUCUGCGGAUUGGCCGGUUUCUCCGACUUCUACAAAGCUGAUUGGCUGCAGCACAUCCUCAGGCUGCAGGACGAGGAAGUGGGCUGCUUUGGGAGAGACAAGAGCAUCAUCUCUCAGAUCAUCGGAGACGAGCUGCUGGAACAGCUGCAGCCUCACAGGAGGGUGAAGAGGAGGGAGAAGAUCCUUCCAGACGGCUGUUCCAGUCACAUGACAGCGGUGGCUGUCGGCGCUCUGGGAGGUUACCUGAACUACUACCUGGCAGAACAGGACAUAACGAAGAGGCCGCUCUCCUGAACGCUCCUCCACCCUCGCCGCCGUCUUCAGGGGGGCGUUCACAAUAGUAAAUCGUUGUAGAUCAUCGGGUAGAGGUUCUUCACAGCCGGAGACUCCCGACACAACAUGUUGCUUUAUGAACAUAAGAUGAUAAAAAUAAAACGCUUGGAAGCUGUUUGGGCACAAAAUGGAAACAAAAUAGAUUUUAUAAUAUUUCUUUCAUAUUAUAUUCUACCUGCUGAAUCUGAGCUGCAGCUGUGGAUCUGAUUAAUCCCAACAAACAAAGAAGACGCCUUUUAAAAGUAGAGACGCUCCAAUCCUCAUUACAAUCCGAUCCGAGUCUUCAGCCUGUCUGCGAUGCAUCGAGCAUAGAGAACGUAUUUAAUUUGUCUAAAUGAAAUCAGGGUUUUCUAUUUUAUCGUCCAGUUUAAUUAUUCCACAGAACAACAGUAAUUUUUUGGUCCAGACUUUAGAUAAAAUAUGUCGAAUUAAAGGGAAAUGAUUGAACUUUAUGAACUGGUCCUUAUUCUCAGAACCUUAAUCAUUCUGACUUUGUCUGUCACAGUCGGACCGAUCACCAUGAAAGACAAACUUUUUAUCAUUCACUCUGCUGAUACGACACGCCUGAACGCAUCACAAUGAAAACUUGUUUAUAGAGUUUAAUGAACGCAGCAUUGUUCACAAGAGGUUUGAAGAUGUUCACCCACUUUGUCACCCUCAUUCUCAUUCUUGUUGGUAUUUUUAAAUGAGAUUGUUUUGGAUCAGGGUAAGCCAAUCAGAGGCAGAGUAGGGCGGGUCAUUGGCUCCUCCAAUGUGAUCAAGCAUUAAGGGGAGGCAGGUGUUCGAUCAGUGAGUUCCUGAGUGACAGGUGUGAGGGGCGGAGCUUCCAGGUGGUUCUUGUGGGGUCGUUCUAUCAAAAGUCUGAUUGGGGCGUCUCUAUCUGAGAAAUAUUUAAUGCAGCUUUAAAGAAAAAUAAACAAAUAUUUCGUUUUUUCUUCAAAAAUAAUAAUCUUUAUUUUCUAUAAAUUAUAUUUCUUCUUUGUCCAGCAGGCAGCUGCAGAACUGACCAAAGACAACGAUGCAUGAAUAUAAACACGUUACAAAAUGUUAUCAUGAAUUGUUAUCAUGAGUCAUGAAUGUUAGAAGAAUAAAACAAUUAAACAAA